UUCGUCUCCUUCUCCAAUCUGCUCCAACCUCUCUCUAUAUCUCUCCCUUUCAUUCACCCAACUCCCACAAUCAUCAACUUCAACCUCCAGCCAGAAGAACUGAUUUAUGGGCACCAACGAUGAACAGAUCUCGUCCCGGCGGCGAGGUUCCUCUAGCCGAGCGGUUGACGGAGAUCUACUAGCGCUCGAUUCUCCUUUGCUGGUGGUGAGGAUGAGGAAAUGGUGUGCGGAGAGUGCGACGGCGGGAAUUUGGGGAUUAUGGAUUUGAUUGCAGUGGAUUCGGGGUGUCAUGUGUUCUCCGAUGAUCUCUAUUCUCAUCAAUAGUGAAUCCAGGGGUUUUUUUCCGGCUACCAAGGGAUUGAGACAAGGGGAUUCUCUCUCUCCGGGGCUUUUCACGUUAGUUAUGGACAUUUUCUCUUUUAUCAUUGAUAGUCUAUCUCGGAACGACAAGAUUUCGGGUUUUCAUAUGGAUGAACAGGAAUCGAGAGGGCUGGUGUCUCAUUUGCUUUUCACAGAUGACACUUUAGUAUUCUGCGAUGCCGAUCCGGGUCAGGUUCUUAUCUUGCUUGCGGGGGUUGUGUGUUUCCAAUCGAUCACUGGGCUGAGUAUUAAUCUGGAGAAAUCCAUGAUGUUUGUUAUUGGAGAUGUGUCGGAGCCUCAGUUUUUUGCUGACAUAUUUGGGUGCAACUGGAGCAAGGAUCCGAGCAGAUAUUUGGGUUUCCCUUUGGGAGAAAGACCCAAUGCGGUUGCUAUCUGGGACCCAGUGAUUCGCAAGAGUGAGCAGAGGUUAGCUGGCUGGGCAAGCAGGUGUCUUUCCUUCGGUGCUCGGAUUACUCUUAUCAAGUCUUGCUUGUUCAGUCAAACGGUAUACCUAUGUUCUUUAUUUCGAGCACCUAAGGCGGUGAUUAAUCACGUUGAGCAGAUUCAGCGUAACUUCCUAUGGAAUGGGGCUAAAGAGACUAGGAAGUUCCACCUUGCCAGCUGGGAGCUUUGUAAAACUUCUACUAGUCGUGGUGGGUUGGGUAUUCUGGACUUUGAUUGUUUUAACAGAGCAAUGCUUGGGAAAUGGGUGUGGAAGUAUGCGGUGGAAAGGGAGAGUUGGUGGAGGAAGCUUAUUGAGGUUAAAUAUGACAGCAGGACCUCUGAGUGGUAUUGCACUCGUUCAUUGGGAGGUGUCAGGAGUUCUACUUGGGCCAACGUGGCAAAGGUUCAUUAUGAUGUCUGGGAUCAUGUAUAUAUUGAUCCGGGGGGAGGGGCUGGAGUUUCCUUUUGGAAGGACAAGUGGAUCCCUGGGGUCGUUCUUGCGGAUUCUUUUCCUCGCGUUACUGCCGCUGCCGCGUCCCAAGAAGCCCGACUAUCUGACGUUGCUGAACUCUCAGGUGAUAGGGUGUGUUGGAAUAUUCAAUUUUUAUGGGAUUUGCGGGGAGGGGCUGAGAGAGAGAGAGAGAGAGAGAGAGUUGUUUUCUUUGAUUUACUCAAUUCGGUUGAUGUCGCUCUAAUUCGAGAAGGACCUUGCAGAGUAGUCUGGGGUCCGAACCCAGACUCUUCUUUCUCUGUUAGUUCUCUUUAUAGGUGCUUAGCGGAAAGGAGUUUGCAGGGAGUAAGCAAUUUCCCGGCUGAUGCGAUCUGGAAAGGGGUGGUCCCACCUAAAGUUUGCAUUUUUUUGUGGCUUGUUUUCCAUAGACGGAUCCUGACAUUAGACAACCUCAAGAGGAGGGGCUGGCAGCUUGCUAACAGGUGUGAGCUGUGUGGAUGCGAGGAAGAAACCAUUGAUCAUAUGUUUACUGGGUGUGCUUUUGUUGCGGAGGUUUGGGGAAGGCUGCUGUCCGUCGCCAGUUCUGGUGAUGUUCGGAGGGGAGACAUUGUGGAAACCAUCAGAAUUUGGCCGACUGCGCAGCCCUCUAACAUGGCAGGUUGGUUUCAUUAUUGUAUCCUUCAUGAUGUGGCUUGGAACGUGUGGAAGGAAAGGAACCGGCGUGUGUUUCGGCAAGAGCGUCUUCAAUCAAAGGAUGUGGCAUGCAUCAGUUUUAGGACUGUCGUUGAUUGGACUAUGGCGUUCGGAGUGGUGGGAAAGAGCGAUGGACUCCAAUGGCUUCGAGGCUGUCUGCAGAAGAUUAGUCACUGAUGGGUGGGAGGCGACUCCUUUUUGGUUCCUUUGUUUGGUUGGCAGGGUUUUUGCUUUCUGGGCUGUUUGGGUUUGGGUUCUUUAUACCCUCUGCUGCUUGAUUGUUUUUCAUCUGUUGGGUUGGCUGGGUCCAACUAGUAGGUGUGUUUCUGUUGUCUUCUUGUUUCCCCUUUGCCACUUUUUAUUUUGUUUUUUCUCUUAUGAACUCGAGCUUGGUUGCUCUGUAUUUGGUUUCUCUUUUUAUUUUAUGCAAUUUAUCACCAUUAUAAAAAAAGGGUUUGAUUGCAGCGGGGAUUUGGAGCAGAUUUGAAGGCGUCGCUAUACUGCUUCGAUUAUGUCGUUGUUCGUCACGAGACUCAGAUCCACUCUCCAUCGGUGAUCAGAAGCAUUCGAAUUUGUUGCCGCCUUUGGCUUACUUCAUUUCACAGGAUGAGAAGCUUCUCGUCUCCAGAUUUGCAGAUAAUGGCCACCUCUAAAAUCCCAUUCGGGCUCCCUAUCUAUUUCAAACUCUCAGUCCCCCUUAUUGUAGAAAUUUGCAAAAGCAAUCACAAAAAUGGAGUCUUUUUAACUAGUGUUGUCGCCCAAAUUACAGGAGGAAGAGGGACAAAGGACAAAAUCCAUUUCUGAUGGAGCGCAAGGCUGACGGUGGUGCAAGGAGUAGAAAGGAAAAUGGCGUAUCUCCACCGUAACACCACCGCCAAGGCAGCGGCAGAGAGAGCAAUCCAACACGACCAGAAUUUGACUAUGGAGGUUUUUCACUAAAUCUCCUCAUCGGUAGGGUUUCGACCUACUCCGCGGAGAAGAACAGCGACGGCGGCGGGAGAGUAGAUCUGGGAAUUGGGUGUAUCGGGCGGUGAGGGAGGAGUGGACGUGCGAGAAUUUAAAAUUUUAAUUAUUGUUAUUUUAUUUAAUUAAUCCACGUGGGACAUUCGUACGGGACAAAAAUGGUCAGGUCGGAUGAUCCGUUAGUCCAAUCAGCACGUUAACUCACACGUUAAAUAAUUGGACGGAAGUGGCUAUUUUUGGUAUUUCGUCAAAAGUGGCUAUAUUUGGCCAAACCGUCAAAGUUUUGGCUACACAAGUAUAUUUUGCCUUUUAUAAAUCUCAUGUAUGAGUUAAGUGGAUGAUUCAUGAUCUGCCGAAUAGAAUUCGCGCUCCUGCAGAAUAUAAUUCGCGAAUUAGUCACGAACUUGGACAAAAUCACGUUUUGGCGAUUUAAAGCGGGAGCGUCAGGGUAGGUUUGCUAAUUAGGUAACCUAAGUCCUCACAUUGUUUAAUCACAGCUUUAUAGCUUCAACUUUGGCAAGUUCGUCGGUCCCAUUUUCUCCUCCGAUUUUUCGCUAAGGUGGGAUCUUCCCGAAUCAAGAUAUGUUUUUGUUUUCAGUGGAAUUGAGAGGAAUCUUUCCGCCGAUGAUGAAGAUAUUCCCUGGCGCCGAUAUUGCUGCCGAGAAACAAAGAGUGAUGGGUUAAUUUCUAGUCGGAUCUGAACCAUUAAUUUUGAAAUUCUUAUUAUAUACGAUCAGUGGCGGACCGAGGAAUUUUACGUAGGGGUGUCCUCUUUUAAAAAAUUAAUUAAAUAAAUUUUUAUAAUAAAAUUAAAUAUUUCUUAAAUAAGAAAAUAAUAAAUUCUCACGGUAACUUCAGAACUUGUGCGGCAUACCAAGUUUUGAAGGAAGAGUCACAAAUAUCCAUUAGGCAGUAAAUGUGAGAGCUAAUAACCAAGGUUGUCAACCUGUGGUUGACCCGGACCAGAUGAGAAAAAUGGGCGCCCCACACUUGCGGGUCGAUCUACCGCAAGGUUCUCAAACUUGGGUCACACACUGUCACUUUUCUUUUUGAUUUGCGAAAUAAGCUUUACUUCUAGUUUUUCCAUUCGCCUAACAAUGUCUUUAGAAUUUUAAGUUAAUCAUAUGAAUAUUGAUGAUGUUAUAUUAGUGUAUUUGAAUUUUUACUAUAUAUUGGAUUCAAGUACGAACUGUUGUUUUUGUUUAAUGUGAUAUGUUAUUAUCCAUGUGUUAGAUACGAUUUGAUAUAAUUUAUAAAUGUAUGAAUGCUACAAUAACUUUUUUUUUUAUACUCAGUCUAACAUGGGACAAAGUGAUCAAAUCAUUAAAUCUCAACCUACUUGCUCAACCGGAUAAACGGGUUGAACCGGAUUUGACAACUUACUAACGAAGUACAUGGAGUAUGUGGGCCUACUUUAUCUCUUGUCUUCACUAGGGGUUGAUUAAUCUAAUUCAAAUGACCUAAGCAAGAGGGCAAAUAGAGUUGGCUUCCACUAACAAAAAUAUACCUUUGAUUUGCACGUGUAGUCUCCCAACCAUGGAGCAAAUAUACCUCAACCACUUGUCUUCCAUUCUCCUUUUCCACCCAAUUUCCCUUGCAUUAGUUAGAUACGUAGUCCCCAGAGUGAGAAUAAGGUGAAUGGAGCGGAGCUGCGGAGGUGAUGAUCCUCCACCACAUGCCGUUAGUGCUAUUUCCUUCUUCUUUGCAUGUCUGACUUGGGAGCGUCGGAGGAGGAUUGAUUUCCAUAUCAAUUGCAGAGCAUAGGGGAUAAAGAGCUGGGUGUAUACACUUUCUCAAUAUGUCUUUGAAAGAAUUUUAAUGGGAAAUCGCUCAAUCCGGUGUAGACGACCGAGCUCUGCGUGUUAAUUUCGACCACUCAUAUUCAAUUGAGUUUUGGUACGGAUCUUAUUUUUAGUUUUUCCCGUUCAAUUUUUUUUUCCAGUUUCUGUCUUCAAAAAGCAUUCCGACAAUCACUCUCCCUCUGGUUUUGGGUUCAAUUUUGAAUCCCUUUCUCUGUCCUUCCAAUUCUCAUUUACCUUUUUUUUAAGGUCAUUGGAAAUUCAUUAAAAUGAACCCAGGAGAUACACAGAUUUUGGGCCUAAACCCCAAGAAAAGAUACAAACAAACGGGCCAUCAAGCCAUACAAUGAGAGACCCAAGGCCCAACAUAUAUAGCCUAAACAAAACCCUAGCAACCCAAAAGUCCCAAACAGAGCAGCCAGCCCCAUCGGAGAAUCACAGAGAACGCCGGCGAGGAGACAAGCCGAUGAAGACAGAACCUCCGGACAGCACACGAAUCCAAAAGCAGCCUUCAAGAACCUCCCCAAACAAACGAACUCAACUUGACCAACCGAAGGAAGCACCAGGAAACGACCAGGAGCCUAUGUUGAAAGAUCUCCGCCUUCGAGCUUCAUGAAGCAGAACCAUGGGAGGAUCACAAUAGGAUUCCCAAGACAACUCCGAAACACCAAGCCGCAGCGGUAAAGCAAGGAGGGGGCACAGAAUCAUGAAGGAGAAGGCAGAUUGAUGAAAACCCCAACCUCCUCUGUGAUCAACAAAACAUCUCAGAGUAGAUCUAAAAGAUCAUACUUGAGGAAGAAGAGGAAGCACCCAUCAUGGAGAAAAGGUGAGAAAAGGCUCCUAAACGGAAGCAAGGAAAGCAGAAGGAACUUACGAAACUAAGGAAAAAAAAACCCACAGGGGCUACCACCAGCCUCUUGAAAGCACCGGCGGCAGCCCACUUUAAUUCCAGAUCUGAAAAGUUUAGAGAGAGGGGAAAGGGUUUGAACUAUGAGAGAGAGAGAGAGAGAUAUUAAGUGAUAUUCUCGAUCCCCCGAAACUUAAUUACUACCAAUUCUCAUUAACCUACUGUUAAUUAAUUAAAACAUAGAUCUGAUUUUUUGUUGUCCGAGGAUGGUAACAUCGGAGGACCUAUCUGCAAUGUUUAGUUAGAAAUAGGACUGUUAUGUAGUGGUUCUUUGCUUUGUGUACUUAAGAGGGUUUUAGCCUUUGUAUAUAUAUUGGCUAUGUAAUUGACGUUGUAACUUUCCCAACUGAAUCAAUAAAAUCUGCCGACUUUUCUUUCGUUCUCUUCUUCCUCUGCAAUUUGUUCGAUUAAGACCUCCAGCAUUUUUGACCUUGCAUCCAACUCCUAAAAUUUUGGGUUCCUUCUCCUAUAGAACCAUGGGGAUUAGUAUCUUAGUCGGCCGUCGUGAGUUGGUUUUGAGUACCGUCUACACCAGCAAAGUGCGGAAUGAAAAAGCGUUGUAGAGAGUAGCUUCCUACACCCGCACACAGCUAAUCAGCCAAUGAACAGUGUUUUCCAAU